AGUGACCUGCUGUUUUCUAUGAAUUCAGAUGGAUUUCCCACUUCUAACAAAUGAAAGAAAUAGCUCUUAAACACUAAUUAACUUUUCUCCCCGUGUCGUGUAGUAACCUAACUAACCUGGCCUAAGUCGUUCGGACUAAUUUGUGUGUGCGCUGAAGUGAGACCUAUCGAAACCUAAUCGUUUUUUUUUAAGAUGCUCAAUAAGCUGGGUAAGAAAACCUAUCCAAAUUCUCGAGGUUUUAUCAAGUACAUCAUCGACGACCAAACGAACUCAUCGGGCAGCUGAAACACUUGAUGAAAAAUAUCUCGUAUCCAGUUAGCCUUAAUAUUCUGCUAGUACAAAGAACGCCCUCCACAAAAUGAUUUGAGGACGCUACAUAGAAAAGAAAAGAGCAAGCAAUCUAUCAUGAGCGAAGAGGCAGCACGCUCCGAGUGAAGAGAAUCUCUUCGAGUCCCGCGAGGGAGGAGGGACGUAAACUUUCGAGGAGGAGCGUCGGGAAUUUCCAAAGCCGAUCGUCUGGUGUGAGGCGGGCUUUUGGCUUCAGGUCCUACCUUCAUUGGAGGAUCUUCGGGACAAUAGCCCUAAUACGUCCUAUAUAAGUUUGCUCAAUCUCAAGUUCCGACAGCAGUUGAUUCUGAAAGCCCAGAGGUAACAGUUCAAGUGAUCUGUGGUGAAGAAUUCUUUGAGACAAUCUCAGGUGUGUGACCAGUGCUUACCCACAUUGUAUCAAUGUCAUCCAGUAUGAUGUAUCCUGCACUCUUGCAACAAAUCAUCACUCAUCAAAUGCAGAACACGUUCCGAGUACCACAGUUUUCGUGGGUGCAUCCGCCACCCACAAUGACACAACCUAGUCCGCCAUCAUCUCCACCUACUUCUUGUGCCACUGGAUGUCCAUGGACUCCGAGAACUCAUCAUUCCCGCGUUCCAUCCUUCACCAUCGAUGCAAUUCUAGGACACCAAAACACCUCUCACAAAAGCCCCGUAAGCCCAGAAGUUCGUAAGAAAAUCCCUGGUCACGAUAUGCGAAUUUCUGCUCGACCUUCUCCUUAUCCCUGCAACCCCGUGGAGGCCGUCGCAUCUCCCGCCGUUACCUCAGGACCAACUUCCAGCCCCGGUAAAGCCAGUAAAUCAAAGCGCAUCAGGACGAUCUUCACCGCCGAGCAACUCGAAAGACUCGAGGCCGAAUUUUCACGUCAGCAAUAUAUGGUUGGACCAGAGCGAGUGUUUUUGGCUAAUUCUUUACAGUUAAGCGAGGCUCAGGUCAAAGUUUGGUUCCAGAACCGGCGUAUCAAGUGGCGAAAACAGUUCAUUGAAAAGCAACACGGCCGCUUCUCGAGCGUUUACUCCGAUGGUCAUGACCGUGAGUGUUCACGUAGUCCUAUCUCGUCUCCAGAGCAGUUGGAUAUCACGUCUACUGACGUGUCUGACUGCGCUGAUGAAGUUUUAACACAAAUGGAAAAAGUUCCUGAAAGGAUUAAGUUGGAAAAGUCUCCCACAUCGCCUACCUCUCUGCCGCGGUCUAGAAGCCCUUCACCUCUGUCUCUGCCAUCAGCUCCUUCAUCAUCCAUUUCCCCUUCAUCAUCAGUGACAAGCAGACUGAGCGUUGAAAUUUCAGAAAGUCCAGCAAAAGCCAAGCCAGAAAUUAACUUUCCGUUGAAAAAAACUUACGAAGAAUCCAGUUCUGUCGAUAAGCUCAACAACAACAACAACAAUGUCCUUCCUUCUCGUUUUGCCCAAGUCUAUUCGUCUGAGCAAAGUCACCUUCAGACGGGUAAAGAGAAUCCUUCACAAGUUCAGGCAUCCUGCAGUCCAUAAUCCCUUGAGUGUGAAUUUCCUUGUAUGUGAAUAGUUUGUAAAUAGCAGGUGUCGUUUAAUUAAUUAAUAUCUUCUCAAUUUAAUUUCUAAGUAAUAUUUACAGUUUAGUUCAUUUCUCAAUUUGUACGUUAACGAAUGAUUAAAAAUUUUUCUCAACUGUGACCUGAUCAUUCUAAGAAAAAUUAAAUUCUAUACCUAUUUUUAGAAUUCAGCUGAUGAUCCAAAUUAGCUUAAAUUAAUAAAUGAUUCAGUCUCAAAAUAAAAAUCUAAAGUGACGCGCACACCUGGGUAAAUUGAAAAUACUAUGCAUGAUAUUAAAUUGAUCGACGAUAUUUCAAUUUAAAAUUAUAUCGUUCUUAAGUUGAAGAUAUCAAAAUGUCUAGCUGUUAUAUAUAGUGCGUCUUCGUCUAUCAUUUCUUUGGCUUAAUAAGAUGAAAAUAAUGGUAAAUCAUGGAAAAGGUAAAAAAUUUGAUGUAAGUCAAAGUCUAAUAUUUCGAUAUUUUGUAAGUUAAUUCAAACAUGUGUAAAGACUUCAACAUUUUUGUAACAUGACUCGAAGAAUUCAAUUUAAACUUCAUGACGAACAGCGAGAGACUAUUGAUUGAUUAUAUCUUCAAUGUUUUUUUUUUUAUAUUUCAGCUCAAAGUUUUUCGUGUCGCGUUGCAUUUAGAAAAAUGAUCCAUAGGCGAUUUUUCAUUGAUAUAAAUUUGUAAAAAUACUAAGAGAGAUCAUCAGUCGAGAUUAGGUUUGUAUUAUUAUUGGACAAUGUUGUAGUUUUUAGUGUGUGUGUACAGCAUUGCAUAAAUUGGGCAUUUGACUUAAUUGACACGCACGUGAGGAUAUGCCAUGUCCUAAUUUCAGUAAACAAUUAUUCCUAAGUUUCUACUUUUUAAGCAAUAAUUUUUCUGUGAGUAACUUUAGAGAAAAUAUUUUUAAAAGGCAUCAAGAUAAUGUAAAAAGAUGCCAACAAAUUAGAAAUUUUAAACAGAUAUCUUCAGGAUUUUUAACUUGAAGCAACCGAAUAUUAUACGUAAUAUUUCCUUUGUGUUGAGCUUUGUUGUAAAAUGCGGUAGAACAUUAUACUGAAAAUGUACAGUAAUUUGCUGUCAUCAUUUCGUUGUGGGCAAACUAUAACAAAAUUUCUUCCGAGAGUUUCAGUAUAGUUAGUCAUAGUGUUCGAUGCUAGUCAGGGGCUUGUACAAAUAAAAUAAGUAAGAACGAUUUGUGUUUUGUUCAAAAACAUAAUAUAUAAUUGUACAAUAAAAUGUCACAAUUCAAACUUG